UUUAAUUGCUGACUGCUUGAAAAGAGAAAACCAACCGCUUUAAUCGGUGGAGCAGGCAUUCGCCUCAGCCACCUCCCUUCGUUCCUUUCUCAUUCAAGAUGGCGGGGGACGAAUCUGGUACAACGCUCGGUCAGCCUCACCUGGCGAGACAAGACCUCAGUUCUCUGGAUGUGUCCACCUUGACGCCUCUCUCUCCGGAGAUCAUCAGCAGACAGGCCACCAUCAAUAUCGGCACCAUCGGUCAUGUGGCCCACGGAAAGUCCACAGUAGUGAAGGCCAUCUCUGGUGUUCACACCGUCAGGUUCAAGAACGAGCUGGAGAGAAACAUCACCAUCAAGCUAGGAUAUGCCAACGCUAAGGUCUAUAAGCUGGAUGACCCCAGCUGUCCCAGGCCAGAGUGCUACAGGUCGUGUGGCAGCAGCACUCCUGAUGAGUUUCCCUCAGACAUCGCCGGCACCAAGGGCAACUUCAAACUGGUCAGACACGUGUCAUUUGUCGACUGUCCCGGUCACGACAUUUUGAUGGCAACCAUGUUGAACGGAGCCGCCGUCAUGGAUGCAGCCCUCCUGCUUAUCGCGGGGAACGAGUCGUGUCCUCAGCCCCAGACGUCCGAGCACCUGGCUGCCAUAGAGAUCAUGAAGCUGAAGCACAUCCUCAUCCUGCAGAACAAGAUCGACCUGGUGAAGGAGAGCCAGGCCAAAGAGCAGUACGAGCAGAUUCUCGCCUUCGUACAGGGCACAGUGGCCGAGGGCGCUCCCAUCAUUCCUAUCUCGGCACAGCUGAAGUACAACAUCGAGGUGGUUUGUGAGUACAUCGUCAAAAAGAUCCCAGUGCCCAUCAGAGACUUCAUCUCCGAGCCCAGACUCAUCGUCAUCAGAUCUUUUGACGUGAACAAGCCCGGCUGUGAAGUCGAUGACUUGAAAGGAGGUGUGGCAGGAGGAAGUAUCCUGAAGGGUGUGCUCAAGGUGGGUCAAGAGAUCGAGGUGCGGCCAGGUAUCGUGUCCAAAGACCAGGAGGGAAAGCUCAUGUGCAAACCCAUCUUCUCCAAGAUCGUGUCUCUGUUUGCCGAGCACAACGACCUGCAGUACGCCGCGCCCGGAGGCCUUAUCGGUGUGGGCACUAAGAUCGACCCGACGCUGUGCCGGGCGGAUCGUAUGGUCGGUCAGGUGCUGGGCGCCGUCGGAGCGCUGCCAGAGAUCUUUACUGAGUUGGAGAUCUCCUACUUCCUGCUGAGGAGGCUGCUGGGAGUCCGCACAGAGGGAGACAAGAAGGCUGCCAAGGUCCAGAAGCUGUCCAAGAACGAGGUGCUGAUGGUGAACAUCGGCUCGUUGUCGACAGGCGGACGCGUCAGCGCCGUCAAGGCCGAUCUGGCCAAGAUCGUCCUCACCAACCCGGUGUGCACAGAGGUCGGGGAGAAGAUCGCUCUGAGUCGACGUGUGGAGAAACAUUGGCGUCUGAUUGGAUGGGGACAGAUCAGGAGGGGAGUGACCAUCACACCCACAGUGGACGACGACUGAGGAGAGAGAGAGAGAGAGAGAGAGAGAGAGAGAGAGGAUCCCGUCAGCUGGACAUCACAACCAUCACACUCUUCUUGGCUUUUUGUUUUUAUUUUUUAGUGUUUAUUAUUUUAUAAUUUUUUUUUCCCACAAGGAGGAAGGAAGCGACCAGAACAGGACGUCAGUGGUUUAAAGAUACUUCCUCCCUCUGCUCUUGUUUUCCUCAGCAGCAGCAUGUGAAGGUCAGAGGUCAAGUUUUAGCUUCUCUGACCUGUUUCCACUGCAGACGAAGGGGAGCAGAGGAGGAGGAGGAGAAGGAGGACCUCUAGACUAUCAUUAUGAUCCUCCAGAGAAGGAUCACACGCAGCAGCAGCUUUCAGACCGGAGCUUCAUUCAGUACAGACGUGAUCCUGUACUGUCCACAGAUUUAACUCAGAUCUAAUAAAAUACAUUUGGAAGAAA